UGUAAAUAUAAAAAUUAUUUAAAUAAACAAUAGAUUGUGAGAAUUAUAUAUAUAUUUCGUCGACUGUGAUAAAAAGACGCAACAAACACAGAAACAUUUUUUUCAUACAUAAUUAAACCAGUUAUCAUUAUCGCAAUGGAAACUUCUACUUUGCUCUUAACUAUCCUCACGGCAGGUGUCUGCUUUUACUAUUUCAUUCUGAGCAAGUUAUCUCAUUUUGAGCGGCUGAAGAUUCCACACAUACGACCGAUUCCGUUGCUGGGCAAUAUGGUAUCUUACGUUUUUGGACACGCAUCCUUGAUGGAUAAUUUACGCAACAUAUACAAUCUGUUCCCUGACGCAAAGUACUUUGGAUUUUACGAAUUUAUGAGGCCUAUCUAUGUGAUCCGCGAUCCGGAUUUAAUCAAUACAAUUACUAUCAAAAACUUUGAUAAUUUUUGCGACCAUCUUAAUUUGACAAACGAAAAAAUUGAACCAAUAGCAAGCAAAAACCUGUUUGGUUUGCGUGGCGAUCAUUGGCGCGAAAUGCGAAAGCUCCUCAGUCCUAGCUUUACGUCCAGCAAAAUGAAAAUGAUGUUUGGAUUAAUGUGCCAGUGCGCUGAGAACUUCGCUAAUUUUCUAAUCACCGAAUCCGGGAGUACUGGCAAGACUUAUAAUAUGAAGGAUGUACUGAGCAAAUAUGCAAACGAUGUCAUUGCCACAUGCGCUUUUGGUAUUAGCGUGGACUCGUUCAAGCAUCCAAGGAACGAAUUCUUUCUGCUAGGCAAAACUCUAAACUUUGGCACAUGGAUGUCUUUUGUAUUUCUUAUGAAUAGAAGCUUUCCGAAAAUUUCACAGUUUAUCAAUCUAAGAAUGUUCGGUUUAAAAGUGGAAAAAUUCUUCAAGGAUAUUGUCAGUAGCACAGUAAAAACAAGGGACGAGCAGCGGAUUUUUCGACCAGAUAUGAUUCAACUAAUGAUGGAUACUAGAGACAAAAAUCAUGGCCCCACAUUCGACAUCGACGAGAUGACUGCACAAGCAUUCGUCUUUUUUCUGGGCGGAUUUGAUACCGUGUCGACGAUUAUGUCUUUUGCGGCACACGAGGUCGCUGUCAAUCCUGAUAUACAGAGCAAGUUGAGAGAGGAGAUCGACGAUGUCCUCAAGAUGACCAACGGCAAACCUACAUACGAGGCAAUCAAUAACAUGAAAUACUUGGACGCAGUUAUAAACGAAACUCUAAGAGUUUAUCCUCCAGGAUUUUUUCUCGAUAGAUUGUGCGUUAAAGAGUUCGAAUUACCGUCGGCGACGCCAGAUAGUGAACCGGUCAUACUUAAGCCUGGAGAUAGUAUCUGGGUUCCAGUUUUUGCUCUACAUCGUGAUUCUAAAUAUUUUUCACAGCCGGAAAAAUUCGAUCCAGACAGAUUCCUGAAUGACGAAGUAGAUAAUUCAGUUUACAUGCCAUUCGGUAUUGGGCCCAGAAUUUGCAUAGGUAACAGAUUCGCCCUAAUGGAAGCAAAAAUUAUGCUGUUUUAUCUUUUAUGGCAUUGCGAUGUUGAACCCGACAUUAAAACCACGAAUCCUAUGGUAUUGAAUAAGAAGUCGUUUGUCGUGAUGCCAGAAAAUGGGUUCUGGUUAAAAUUGCAGACGAGGAAAUCGGCGGUUACAUAAUGUUUAUCGAACGGACAUAAAAUUUAGAUAAACAUUCAUAAAAAUUUAUAAAACACAUUUAUAAAA